AUGAACAGCUCCUCGUUCGUCGCCAGGACGCACAGCUACCUGCGAUGGCAGGGCGCCAGAAGGAUAGCUGAAAUCGGGCGGAUUCAGCAAUUCGCCCGAGCAAAUUGCGACGACCUCGACUCCGCGUCGGGUCGCGACGGAGACACCAAGUCGAGUUUCUCGAGCAUCGACGCCCUCGCGGACCUCAUCGGCGUCAAAGACAGAGGUUUGAUCAGAGCGCAGUGCUUCGUCGGAGGGGCGUGGACCGACGCCGAUGACGGCGACACGCUCCCGGUGAUCAAUCCCGCGAACGGCCUCGAAAUUCUUCGGGUGCCGAAGAUGGGCCGAGCGGAGACGGAGAGAUCCAUCGCGAACGCCUCCGGCGCCAUGCCCGAGUGGUCCGCGCUCACCGCAUCGAAACGUGCGUCCAUUCUCCACCGCUGGUACUCCCUCAUCCUGGACAACGGCGACGACCUCGCGCGCAUCAUGGUCGCCGAGCAGGGCAAACCGAUGGCCGAGGCCAAAGGCGAAGUGGCGUACGCCGCGUCGUUCGUGGAGUGGUUCGCCGAGGAAGCCAGACGCGCGUACGGCGAGGUCAUCCCGACGCACGAUCUGGACACCAGGGUGUUCGCCACGCGUCAGCCCGUCGGCGUCUGCGCCGCCAUCACCCCUUGGAACUUUCCCCUCGCGAUGAUCACGAGGAAAGCGGCGGCGGCGUUGGCGGCGGGUUGCGCGUGCGUCGUCAAGCCCUCGGAGGAGACGCCGCUGAGCGCGUUCGCGCUCGGUGUCCUCGCCGAGCGCGCGGGGUUCCCGCCCGGGACGAUCCAGUUCGUCACCGGCGAUUACGAAGCCAUAGGCGACGCGCUGACCUCGAGCGACGUCGUUCGAAAGCUGUCGUUCACGGGCUCCACGGAGGUUGGCAAGACGCUCGCCGUAAAGUGCGCUGCGACGGUGAAGAACGUCUCGUUGGAGCUCGGCGGUAACGCGCCGUUCAUCGUCUUCCCGGACGCCAACAUCGACGCCGCGGUGAAGGGCGCGAUUUUGUCCAAGUUUCGGAACAGCGGGCAGACGUGCGUGUGCGCGCAGCGGUUCAUCGUGCACGAGUCCGUCGUCGAGGAGUUUGCCACGAGGUUCGCCGUCGAGGCGAAGCGGCUCGUCGUCGGUGACGGUUUCGGCGCGACGACGGACCAGGGACCCCUGAUCAACGCCGACGCCCUGCGCAAGGUUGAGUCGCACGUCGACGACGCGGUGAAGAAGGGCGCGGUGGUCCUGUGCGGGGGCGAACGCGUGUUUCCCGAGGGCGCCAAGGGGGGCCACUUUUACGCUCCCACCGUGCUCGUCGAGUGCGACGGCGACAUGGCGGUGUUUCGAGAGGAGACGUUCGGCCCCGUCGCGGCGAUCGCGACGUUCGAGACGGAGGCGCAGGCGAUCGCGAUGGCUAACGCCGGCCGCGCGGGCCUGGCGAGCUACGUGUUCACCCGCGACAACGCCACGCUGUGGAGAGUGAGCGAGGCGUUGGAGUACGGCAUCGUCGGAGCCAACACGGGGUUGAUAUCGACGGCUUCGGCUCCCUUCGGGGGAAUGCGCGAGAGCGGGAUCGGGCGCGAGGGCGGGAAGCACGGGCUGGAGGAGUACCUGGAGGUGAAGUACGUGUGCAUGGCGGGGCUGGGCGAGAAGAGGAGACCGUGGUGA